AUGCAGCUUUUUGUAAUUGGCGGUAGUGGAAGGACGGGUAAGAUGGUUAUUGAAGAGGCCCUACUCCGAGGUCAUGAUGUGACAGCACUGGUUCGAGAUCCCUCCUCAAUAGAGCCCAGGGAUGGUCUAAAGCUUGUCAAAGGUACCCCCCUCAUUAAGGCCGAUAUCAAAGCAGCAUUCGAAGCCAGUCCCGAAAUCCCGUCCGUUGUUCUUGUUACAUUGAGCGCUCCUCGAGCAUCCGAUAGCCCUUUCGCUGCCUCGAUAUCUCCUCCAAGGCUUAUGGCCGACUCAAACGCCAAUAUAAUUGCGGUUAUGAAGGAAUUUAAUGUGCGUAAGAUUGUGGUAAUGCAGGCUUUUGGUGUUGGGGAUAGCUGGCCGCACAUGCACUUCUUGCUUCGAAUGUUGAUGAAGAAGUCAAACAUGUACCUGCAAUACGAUGACCACAACUUGGUGGAUAAAGAGGUGAAGGCAAGUGGCAUUGACUAUAUUCUCGCUCGACCUGCAAGACUGGAAGAAGGUGAAGUAAGGCCGGUCAAAAUACAUGGGAACAAGGGACAAGGCAUGGCCAUGAUGGCUAGUAUCACUCGAGAAAGUGUAGCCAAUUGGCUUGUCGAUGCAGCAGAGCAAAAAACAUGGGAUUCACAAACUCCGGUAUUGGCGAAUUAG